AAAUAUUUUACUUUGUUUCGCUUUGGCACCCAGUCUAUUUCUUGAUUUCCGUUUUGCUCUACAGAACCUCUCAGCAGCAAAGAUACCAGAGGAGCUCUGCUCUAUAAUCUUUGCUCAGCAGAAUCAGACCACACGGCAGCGGGAAACAUUGGAAACAUGUUCCACGGCGAUAACUGGCAUCGAACGUACUCCGCCAAAGGUGGAACGGAAUCAUUUUACCCCUAUAAACACCUACGCAGCUACCGAUGGGAAUAUGUGCGCUAUCCUCGAACGCCAGACUACGAUUUUCUACAGGCAGAUGAAAGAGACCGGGCUCGCUUCCAGCCGACACACCUGUCCCAUGUAACCACCUUUACCGGUGCCCGAGGAAUCUUCUCCAGCGGCACUUUCAGCAGCCACACUCCGAAAAACAUUGGAGUUGAAGUGGAUGCAUAUUUCUCAUGGUGGAGUUUUGAAAUAGCUGAAGGUCAGAAGAAGAGAGAGAGAAAAAAGUACAAACAGAUCAUAAAAGCCAAUGAUUGGCCUUCAGACACAAUACGUCAAUUCUUCAACUCUCCUCCUUUCCAAGAGGAAUCUCGAUACGGGAAUUUCAAGUUCACCUACGACAUGGAGAGUCUGUUCGAGAUGUACCAGAACUCGGUGUGUGACGGCUGGCGAGCUGAGUUCCGGGUCCUGGGCACCUUCACAUACAAGCAGGAGGUCAUGCACGCCGUGGUGGUGUGUCCCCCCUUGGAUGUCGAUCCCUUGUUCAGCAGCUGCCCCCUCGUUGGCGACGACAUCCAGGCGGUCGUUUCCAGAUUCGGCAACCGUUGGAGAUGGAGACCCGAUUCAACCCGAUACAACUAUAAGCCUUACUGCUGCUGGGAUCACGUCUCCUUGGCUUUCUACCUGCCCUGCUAUUCUCCCUACCCUGAAUUCCCGCUCCCUCCCGGAUACCCGGAGGUCACCUACUGCAAGGAGUCGGGGAAUCUUCUCAGACCGAUCGAUAUUACACCGGUGUGGGAAUUUGAUCAGUGCUUGGAGAUAUUGCGAGAGACAUGGGUGGGAGCGAGUGGCUGAGCUGAACAUUCACUUUCCGCAGAGUUAGAUAUGUAGGAUGAAACUGUAGAUGCUGGUUUACAUAGAAGACACAAAGUGCUGGAGUAACAGCGGGUCAGGCAGCAACUCUGGAGAAAAUGAAUUGGCGCCGUUUCGGAUCGAGACCCGUCUUGUCUGAAGAAGGGUCUCGACACGAAGCGCCACCGAUUCCGUUUCUCCAGGGAGGCUGCCUGACCGCUGAGUUACUCCAGCACUUUGUGUCUAUCUUACGAGUUGCUUAGAUACUUUAGUUCAGUUUAUUGUCGCGUGUACAAAGGUACAGUUUGAAGCUUUUGUUGCGUGCUCGUCAGUCAGCAGAAAGACUAGACAUGAUGGCAGUCGAGCCGCCCACUGUGUGCAGAUAGUGUAGCGAGACCAGGCAGGUUGAGCGAAAUGUUUUUUUAUUGACAAAAA